AACUGCUACAUCUGGAUGGAGAAGACACACAGAGGACCAGGAUUAUCACCAGGACAGAUCUACACUUACCCUGCUCGCUGCUGGAGGAAGAAGAGGCGGUUGGACAUCCUAGAAGAUCCGCGACUAAGACCCUGUGAGUUAAAACAGGACUAUGAAGUUCCAUUGAAGAAGGAAAGCACUUUACCAGAGGGACCUGUAUUAGAAGCUCUACUGUGUGCAGAAACUGUGGACAAAAAGUUGGAAUUAAAAGAAGAGGAGCCAAACACUGACUGCCAGAAGACCCAGGUGGGGGAGAUUCCACAUGAGUUGGAAGGGGAAGAACUGGAAGAAGAUACACCGAAACGCAAAAACAGGGCGAAAGGCAAGGCCUGUGGAAUUGGGGGCUUAAAAAAAAGACAGGACCCUACAACCUUGGAAGAGAGGGAUAAACCAUAUGUGUGUGACAUUUGUGGAAAGCGUUAUAAAAACCGUCCUGGCCUGAGUUACCACUAUACCCACACCCACCUGGCAGAGGAGGAAGGUGAGGAAAACGCAGAAAGAUACCUCAUACCUUUUCAUCGGAAAAACAACCACAAACACUUCUACAAAGAGCUGAACUGGGUCCCAGAAAUGCAGCCUAGGCACACAGUUAAGAAAGCUCCCGACGGGUCCGUCAUUGCCAAUGGUUAUUGCGAUUUCUGUCUAGGAGGUGCUAAGAAGACAGGGUGUCCAGAGGACCUUAUCUCCUGUGCAGACUGCGGACGCUCUGGACACCCUUCAUGUUUACAGUUCACAGUGAAUAUGACGGCAGCUGUAAGGACAUAUCGCUGGCAGUGUAUUGAGUGCAAGUCCUGUAUUCUCUGUGGUACUUCGGAAAAUGAUGACCAACUACUGUUCUGUGAUGACUGUGACCGAGGAUAUCACAUGUAUUGCCUGAGCCCUCCAAUGUCUGAGCCUCCCGAAGGAAGUUGGAGUUGUCAUUUAUGCUUGCGACAAUUAAAGGAAAAAGCCUCUGCCUACAUCACGCUGACCUAG